AAUCCAACGAUUUCUUCUCAAUCAAUAGAAUGGCCACCCUUUCUUCUCACUGUAAAAAUUUGAAAAAAAAUAAAAAAAUUAAUGCAGAAAAAGGUUUGUUCGUGACAAGAAUAGCAGUGAGUGCAUAUUGAUCUGAGCUAAAGCUUUUCAGCCAAAUUCAAAGGCUUUUUUUAAAUAUUUUUUUUUAUUUAUCGAAUACCCAACCCAAGAAACCAAAAGAAUAGGGGAUAAUACAGUCGUGUUGUUUUUGUUUCGAUUCCAAAAACAACACAUUUUGGAUUGAACCCAACAAAAACAUCUGGCUUUGUCUACAAAAAUGCCGUCCCAACAGAUUUUGCCCAUAACCCAGCAUACCCAAUUGUCUUCGUAUCCAUUUCCUGAAUCGAACCCUUCUUCAGUCUCGCCUAGUAGUUCAUCUUCAGUAGACACAAUGUUGCUCAAGGUUGAAGAUGACCCAACUGCGAGGCUUCUCAUUUCUUCGUCGUUUGAAAAUGAACAGGCCUCCUUCCAGCCCAUUAAGCCCCUUCUUCCCAAGAUAAAAACGGCUAAGACGUUUUACCAGCACCGGCGACGGCGAACCAAUAGUGAAGAUUCUAUAUCUUCGUUAUCUGACAUCGAAGGCCGUCGAUCUUUGAGGCGUGAUGUUGGCCACGCCGCGGCCGAGACGUUCUUGCUCACUCGUCUGAGUUUAAAGCUUUUGAGAUAUCUUGGGGUAGGCUACAGAUGGAUGACAAGAUUUCUUGCACUUGGUUGUUAUGCAUUGUUACUUGUACCAGGCUUUUGUCAAGUUGGUUACAACUAUUUCUUCUCCAGUCAGAUACGCAGAAGUAUUGUUUACGGCGAUAAACCAAGGAAUAGGCUGGAUCUGUAUCUACCUAAAAAUAGUGAUGGGCCAAAACCAGUCAUUGCAUUUGUAACUGGUGGAGCCUGGAUUAUUGGCUAUAAAGCAUGGGGUUCUCUUCUGGGUCAACAGUUAUCAGAAAGGGACAUUAUUGUGGCGUGCAUAGAUUACAGAAAUUUUCCUCAAGGAACUAUUAGUGAUAUGGUAGCAGAUGCUUCUGAAGGUAUCUCAUAUCUGUGCAAUCAUAUUGCAGAAUAUGGAGGUGAUCCUAAUAGGAUUUAUCUAAUGGGACAAUCAGCUGGUGCACAUAUUGCAGCUUGUACUCUCCUGGAACAGGCAAUUAAGGAGGCUGGUGAAGGAGAGAGCACUUCUUGGAGUGUCUCGCAGUUAAAGGCUUACUUUGGUUUAUCUGGCGGGUAUAAUUUGUUUGACUUGAUAGAUCAUUUUCACAGUCGAGGUCUCUACCGUUCAGUCUUUCUAAGUAUAAUGGAAGGAGAGCAAUCUCUUAGACGGUUUUCUCCAGAAGUGAUGGUACAGGACCCAAACAUUAAAAAUGCAGUGUCUCUCCUGCCUCCCAUUAUUUUAUUCCAUGGUACAGCAGAUUAUUCCAUACCAUCAGAUUCCAGCAAGAAAUUUGCAGAAACUCUUCAGAGCCUUGGAGUCAAAGCUGAAUCAAUUUUGUAUGAAGGAAAGACUCAUACAGAUUUGUUUCUUCAGGAUCCUAUGAGGGGCGGUAAUGAUCAAAUGUUUGAAGAUUUACUAGCUGUCAUCCAUGCUGAUGACUCAGCUGCCCAGGCUAGAGACGCAGCGGCUCCUCUCAGAAGACGGCUUGUACCUGAGUUCAUGUUGAAAUUAGCUCGCAGUGUCAGUCCAUUCUAAUUAUUCUUUAAUUCAUUGAGUUAGUGUGAAAGCUCAUAAUUUGUAGCUUCAAUCUACUCAUUCUGUAUAUAUCAGUGGCAAUUCCAGCUAUUUUCUUCAAUUUUGUGUCACCUUUACUUUUCCCUCUCUCUUCUCGGACAAAGUAUGCUCUUAUGCAUUUCAUUUCCUCAGUAUAACCACACUUGUAUGGACAUUGUAACUAUACGGAUAAGAAAGAAAAAGAAAAUGGUUUCAGGAUCA